CAAUCGAUGAACUGUUGGAACUAUUGCAAAUAAUUAAAUUAGAUCGAUUAGAUCAAUAUCUUACUAUUCGUGAAAAAACUCCCAAAAUUUAUGAGAACAGCUAUAAGAUGGGCAAUUUAGAUACCCAU